UUGUUACAAUUUAUUUUAUAUUUUAAGUUUUUAACUUUUUUUAAAAUUUACAUAAAAAUUAAUUUUUAUGUAUUGAACGACAAAACCAGAAGGCGCCCCUAUCUGCGAUAUGUUGUAAUGUUUAUAUUAAGGCUGAAGUAUGUUAGAAAAUCUACGGGAUAAAAUUAUUAAUGUUCAGCAAGAUUUAUCGGCGAGUUUGAGAAGUCUUACAACUGGAGAAUCAUCAUCAUUUAGAUCAAACCGAACACUUAAUUAUAGAAAUUGUAAUUUAAAUGCAGGAGCUGAUCUACUACACCAUUAUCAAUGUAAGUGGGAAGAUCUUCAUAACAUAGCAGAAGAAAAUGCAAAAACAGCCGAGAAUAUUGAUAAGCUGAUAGGUGAUGUUCAUAAAUAUAGUGAAGAAAAAUUAAAUGCAAUACAGCAACUCAACUCUCAGUUAAGUCUUCUGCCAAAGUUGCAUAAUAGUAUUCAAGCACUAAUGACUAAAAUAGGUGAAUUGGAAGGGCUUUUUGAAGAAGUAGAAAGUUCAAUAUUAUAUUUAGAAGAUAUGAUUGAAACCCAAGAACUUCAAGAAAAACAACUUGAUUACAGAUUUCAACUUGCUCUUUUUCAAAAAAAGAAAUUGGCAGAAUAUGAACAAACUAAAGUUAAGUUGGCUGGUGAACAUGCUUAUAAAGUCUUAGAAUUUGAACAAAAACAACAAUCAGUUUUACAAGAAAGACAAGAAGCAUUUCGCGAAGCAUUUGAAGAAGAAAUGAAUCACUAUAAAGCUCAUGGACGUAUUGAAAGAAUUUCUAGCUGUAGUAGUGGGAGUGGUGUGUUGCUUUCAGAUAUCAAUUUAGAAAAUGAUAGAACUGAUCUAGAUGCCUUUUUGGCUGAAGAGGCAACUGAAAAUUCAUUCAUUCCAGUAACAACAGAACAGCACCUUUCAAGUGAAGAAACUGACACUUCCACAGAUGUUGAGAAAGUCUAAAGAAUUUUAUGCAUUCCUUCUUUAAAUUAAAAUGAAUGUAAAUAUCUAUUGUCCUUUUAUGUCAAAUC